AUGUCUACUUACGAUAUUUCUCUCCAAUCUCAAUUCCCUGAUAUCAUCAUUCCCCGAAAUAUGGUAAGAACCAUCCUUGCAAAUAUCGGGCAAUUUCGUCAAUCAACUGACGAGCAGGUGGUUCGUAACAACCUUGCGUUGUUGGAAGAGAAUUUUGAAGACACUGAUGCCGUAUGUUACCGAACGUUUUACGCUGGUGUGUUUGCUGGCUCUGCCAUCCAGGCAUUCCUCCAAACAAGUCGUACCAGGGGUUCAGAGGAGCCAACAUCUCCAGGUGGUAAUGGAGGAGUCACCAUUCGUGACGUGAUGAUUUUGUUGGAACGAGGUUUACCACCUCACUGGGAGGUUACUUGGUCUGUUCCGCACAACCAUGAGGUGUAUUACAAUUGCUCCACCAACGUAACCACUUGGACAAGACCUCUCACCGCUGAAGCUGUUGAUUAUAAUUCUCUUCAUACUCAACAACAACCCACUUCUUCAGCUACACCAGCACCACCACCUCCUCCUCCUACCACUACCACCACUGCCCCAUCAACUCCACCUCUUACCACCACCGCCGCCCCACCAUCUCCCGUAGCACCAGAUGAACCUGAACUCAAACAACAAUCACCUGAAGCCGAUGACGAAGCUGAUUCACAAUCACUUUCUGACACGGCUGUGGAGGAUGAUAUAUAUGAGCUGGAAUCAUCGUCAAAUGAAAGACAAACAACACCUACUGCUCAACCAAGAGCCUCUCCUGCUAUUCCCACUUCUCGUACACCUACUCCCAGUGCUACGAGUAUUCCUCGACCCACCUUUGCUCCUGGCUCUGCUACUUCUCGUCGACUAUCAAGAUCUUCCACUCCCGCUCCACCCACCACACCUACACCUACACCUGCUCCUACUGCCACUGCUACUCCUCCUCCACCUACUCGUCCUGCUCCUCCUACUCGUCCUGCUCCUCCUACUCGUCCUGCUCCACCUACUCGUCCUACUCCACCUACUCGUCCUGCUCCCCCUACUCGUCCUGCUUCUCCUACUCCCACUCCUCGUCGUCAAACUCGUCCUGAACCUGAAUAUUACCAAAACAUGACGAACGAGCUUGUGGAAUGUGUUGACAUGUUCUUCAAUGCUGAAGCUCUGGACGAGGAUCUGGCAACACGAGUGAUGGAGGUGUAUCGUGUAGUUUUGCGUGAUUUCGAAAACACGUCAAGCAUCUUCAACAAGGCUACCAUAAACAGUGCAAAUCAACCAAGAGUGACCCUCCGCCGUUCGACCGUGGACACAUGUCGUAAUUACUUUCGUUUCGUGUUCCCGGUACCCACGUUACGUAUUGUUGACGUUGCCGAUACGUAUGUGGAUGGGGUUGCUUUUGGAACCAUACGUAAUGUCCUUAUUCGACAUGCCUACAUUUCUUUUAUGGCAAACAUGUUUAUGGUAGGGAGAGAGGCAGAGGCUAAAGCAUUCCAUGAUGUUCUAGAAAGAAGGUUCUUUGCAACCUUGCGAAUUAUGCCGUCCGUUGCUGAAGAUAGCAAAUUCAAAAUUGAUAACAGCAAACUCAUCUUUUGUCUCAUACCAAGAUCCAUCAGACAAUAA